GAAAGCCUGUACAGUCAGGAACGGCUUCGUGCUCACUUCGCCGGCGUCCGUAACGACUCAUGAGAGUGAAGCUCACACAGAUCCGUUAAAGAUCAUAAAGAAGACCGUUUCCGAGCUGUUCUACCGAGAUGUUGUGCUUAAGCGGCCUGUCGGUGGCCCUGGCCCUCGCCCUGGUGCCUGGUUCGGCCGAAGCCCUGAAGGAAGGAGAGUGUGAAGUGUGUGCGACCUUCCUCGGAAAGUUUUAUCAGUCUCUGAAAGACAACAGCGUAAACUUCAACAGCGCAGACAUCGAGAAGGCCCUCACAAAGAUCUGCAGAGAUGCCAAAGGCAAAGAAAACCGCUUUUGUUACUACAUCGGGGCAACAAGUGACGCAGCCACCAAGAUGAUCAAUGAGGUGUCCAGACCUCUCAGCUACCACGUCCCUGUGGACAAGAUCUGUGAGAAACUCAAGAAGAAGGACAGUCAGAUCUGUGAGCUGAAAUAUGACAAACAGCUGGACCUGACCACAGUGGACCUGAAAAAACUCAAAGUGAAGGACCUGAAGAAGAUUCUGGAGGAGUGGGGCGAGUCCUGCAAAGGUUGUGCCGAAAAAUCUGACUUCAUCCGCAAAAUCACGGAACUCAUGCCCAAGUACGCCCCAGCGGCCGCCAGGGCACGGACAGAUCUGUGAUCAGCGACAGCACAAUUCAUUUCAUCACACACUUGGACUUGACUGGGAGCAGACUGCUAACCAAUAUGUCAGCAGGUGACAGGUGAGCCGGUUGUUUGCAGGAGGCUGCUGUUUGGACCAAACCUCCAAGAGAAGGAGCUCUGUCUUAAAACAAUACUCACAUGCCCACGUGUGCAUUAACAUUGCCAUCAGGCCCUCCUAGAUCCCUCCAUCAUGUGACCCACAUGUAGAAGAUCCAGCUUCACAGUGUGGUUGUCUUCCACUGGAGCUUUGUAUGAAAUUUUCUCUUUUUGUUACUAAUAAGCCUGCAGGAAGACAAUUCGUGAAGCUUGAGCUGAACAUUAGAGCACCUUUAAACGGAGAGUGAGGGCAAUGAGCAUUCAUCACUCACAUGAUAAUCACUUGAAGAAGAGCUCUCUUAAUGGGCAGUGUGAGGAAGAGUGAAUGAGUGUUGAAUUAAGACAGAGCGUGAAGCUGUCCUUCACAUCCAUCCUCCUGUAGAGACAUUCAGAUCUCCAACACUCUCCCCUUUUAACCACCGUGUUAGUCUUUUCCUAUCAGUUUACAGCCAGCAGUCGCUCCAGUUCCAGCCUGUCAAACUACCUGUUUACUGGUCUCAUUCAGGACACUUGAAGCUUCUUGCAGGACAGCAGUGGUCAGGAGUUAAACUUGGCAUUUAUGGCAGUGGCCAUGAGUCCUCCACACUGCAGUUUUAAACAGAAGCAGAAAGUAAUGAUCUCCUUGUGCCAGAAAACUGAUGAUCCUGCAUAAUAAGUGAAAAACAAGGACAUGGAGAGACUUGAUGGUGCAUACAAAACCUUUCCCACAUUUUGUUUCUUAUUCAAGUGGAUUCACUUCAUUUUGUUUUCUCACAAAGUCACUGACAAUGACGAAGCAAAAGGUUUUUGAAGUGUUAAUUUAUUCAAAAUAAAAGACUGAAAUAUCCCUUUUCCAGAGUCACUGUGUGCCUGAUUGAGUUCAGUGGCCAUCAUUAGUGAAGGCGCUCACUUGUCUGUGCCAGGGCCCUCAGGUGAGGUGCAAGACAGACCUGUGAAACACAUCUGGACAGUCAGGGACGAAGGCUUCGGUCAGACAGCUGACCGAGUCACCCUCCGCUCAGCAGGAGCGCCAGGACAGGUAAAAUCCCAUGGUCUGACGAAACCCAGGCUGGACCCAGCAGAACUCAACAGCUCAGUCAGGGUCUCUGCAUUCGGGUUGGAGAGACGGAGCUUUAAAAUGCACUGAAAACCUUUUGCUUUGGGUGUUGUUGAUGAGGUAAGGAACUCGUGACCAGGUGAGUCUGAAAGGUUUUGUAUGUGCUGUAGGUUAGACACAGGAAGGAGAGCAAGUAAGAUAUUUAUUUGAAAGAUUUACUUUCCUUUACUGUAUGUUAGUUUUGCCCCCCCUGCCCCUGCUGACAUUCAGACGCUUUCUGUGGCGCUGCUGUAGGUCUUGUGAACCCCACUUGAGCGCUCUAAGCAGCGCCGACUCACCUGCAGGAUCCCCCAGUCAGGAGCUGGGACACAUCCACAUCUGUGUCUCGAAUUCAGUAAGAACAUUUCAUGUUCUUUUCUUCUCACGCUGCAGUGGCAGGUGAAGCUGAACCUCCCCCCCCACCACCCUGGACUCUUUCAGAAGGGAUGGAUGUUUUAUUGUGUACCUGGAGAGACGUGAUAGAAGGUUUGUUAUGUGGGCAAUGGAAAAUUAAAAUACGCUGCUGUUUCACGCUGACCUUCGAGUGCAGCCCGGACGUUUGUUAUGACUGUACUGUUCUACCUUUUCAUUAAAAUAAGAGAAAAACUCA